GCAAGGUUGGGUUAGCCUAGCAGACGACAGGAGGAUAGCAGACAGCGCGUAGCUGGCGUCGCUCGCGGGCGCUCAGUUGCGAGCGUUUAAAAUCGGUAGAGCUCUUGGAAGAGUAUACGCGUCGUGGUGUUCGCACGAAGUGUGCGCCGAGGUGUGUGCGUGUGAACGUCGUGAUACGUUAUACUAUCGGAUAGGCGGCGAGCGGGUAACGCGCUACCGCGACGAUGGAUCCCGAGGCGUUCCUGGACAUGGCCAAUCAGGUCAUCAAGCUGAAAAUGUUCCCGUAUUUCGACAUAGCGCACUGCGUGCUAUGCGCGUUGCACGUCAGAGAGGACCUAGGACCCGGUGCACAGGCAUUUUCCCGCAAGCAUCCUUUAUCAUGUUGGCUGUCUACAAUGUUGGUCGUUUUUGCAAGCGGUAUGCUGUGCAAUGGAUUAUUAGGGGAAUCAAUUCUUGCACCUUUGAAAAAUACACCACAAGUGGUAGUUGCAACUAUUGUUUGGUAUGUGAUAUUUUAUACACCGUUCGACAUUGGUUAUAAGAUAGCCAAAUUUUUACCAGUAAAAUUAGUAUGUGCUGCUAUGAAAGAAAUUUACAGGUGUAAAAAGGUAUACGAUGGAGUGACUCACGCAGGGAAACUUUAUCCAAAUGCAUAUCUUAUUAUGAUAUUGAUUGGAACGCUCAAAGGUAAUGGAGCUGGAUUCACGAAAUUAUUUGAGCGUCUUAUACGUGGCGUGUGGACACCGACCGCCAUGGAAUUCAUGCAACCUAGUUUUCCCACGAAAGCAUCCAUGGUUGCAUCAAUUAUUUUUGUGCUAGACAAAAAGACUGAUCUCAUUUCUGCACCUCAUGCUCUUGUGUACUUCGGCAUUGUCAUCUUUUUCGUGUACUUCAAGUUAUCAUCAAUUUUGCUUGGCAUUCAUGAUCCAUUUGUGCCAUUUGAAAAUUUGUUCUGUGCCUUAUUCCUGGGAGGAAUUUGGGACGCGCUAGCUAAAUUGUUGGGCCGCGGUCAAGCCAAAGACGAAAAAACGGAUGCAAAGAAAACAAAUUGAAUAAUAGUAAACGAUAUACAUCUCCAAAUAUUGCAAAAUUCAAUCUUAUCUGUAUUUUUUUCAGAAAACAAUUUUAUCUUGGGCCAUGGGCUGUAAUUUAUAUUAUAUAUUAUUAUAUAUCAUGACUUUAUUACAAAUUAGCAUAUAUUGGCUACUUAAACGAUGAAAUAAAACUAUUUAAAGCUAGCCAGAACAUAAGGGUUAUAUGUUAUAUAUUAUGACUUCAUUACAAGCUAUUAGCAUUGAUUACUUAAUAAAUAAAACUAUUUAAAGCUAGUCAGAUGAUAAAAGUUGUACAUAACUUUUGACAAAUCAUCAAAUGUUGAAGAGAAGUACAAUAAUUUAAUAUAUAUAUAUAUAUAUAUGUAAUAAUACGUAUAUAUGCAUCUAUAUAUAUGCAUACUUUAAGAGUGAACUUGUUGGAUUUUUAAAAAGUGUGUCUUGUAAAAAUAUCAACAGUAUUAUUUCAACUAAUAUAAAACAACAGAUAUAUAUCAUAUUUAUUUUUUUCAUUAUGGACUUUUAAGUAAAUAAAAAUUUUUUUGCAAAUAUGUCCAUAUAGAACUUUGCUCUUAUCUAAUUAUAAAUAUAACGUUAUUUUUGUGUAUUAUUUAUCUUUAAUCUGAAUUAUUAUCAUUAAGAAUGAUAAAAGAUAUACUGAUUUAAUUAGCAAACACCAGACAGUAUUCUUGCCAAUUUUGAUAGUCUAUCUUACAAAACUUGUUAAUUGAUGAUUUUGAAAUUUACUGCUAAGUCGUUAAUAUCAGGUUUAUAGUACAAUAUGUACUUAUGCGGAUUUUUUUUUUCCAUUUAUUCGUUGCAUGAUAUUUAUAUAGAAAAGUAAUACUCAGGACAAAUAAUUGAUAACUGAUUAAUAUCACUGCUAAAUUACUGUAUUACUGAUUUGUAAAUCCUACAAAACAAAAAUGUGUAAGAUGUUAAAACAAUAUACAAUAAUAUGUAUGUAAAAACAAGCAUUGUGAAAAAAUAGAAGUGUGUCUUUUAUACUAUUUUAUUAAAUUUAAAUAUUGAAAUUGUAUAUCACACAUUUGAGAGUUUGCUUUAAGUCUCGUGAAUAGAUGUGUCCUUUACAAUUAGGAAUACCCAUAUUUUAAUUGUGAAAAUAUUAUACAUAUUACAUACAUUUUCAUGUAAUAAAAUAGAAUUUGAAUUACAAA